AUGGUAUCUACACCGUUGGGACCAAGAGUGAAGAAGACUAUUGAAGAAACAUAUCAGAAAGUCACCCAAAUCGAGCAUAUUCUAAAACGUCCAGAUACAUACAUUGGUUCGGUACAAGCGAUAAUUGACACACUAUGGGUGUUUGACAAAGACAAGGAAGCAAUGACCUAUCGUCCAGUAAUUUUUGUCCCUGGAUUGUACAAAAUAUUCGAUGAAAUCCUCGUAAAUGCGGCUGAUAACAAGAUUCGCGAUCCAUCGAUGGAUACCAUUAAAGUAACAAUAGAUACGGCCAAUAACACCAUUUCCAUAUAUAAUAAUGGGCAGGGGAUUCCAGUGGAAGUUCAUAAGAAAGAAAACGUCUACGUGCCAGAGCUAAUAUUCGGACACUUGCUCACCUCGUCUAAUUACGACGAUGACGAGAAAAAAGUCACUGGAGGACGGAAUGGAUACGGAGCUAAACUAUGUAACAUAUUUAGUACUGAAUUCACUGUUGAAACAAACAAUAGACAAUCAGGGAAAGCAUUCAUUCAGACAUUUUCAAAAAACAUGGGGCAAAUGAGUCAACCUAAACUUACGGCAGCCAGCAAAAAGGAAGAUUUUACUCGCAUCACAUUCAAACCCGACCUUGGAAAAUUUGGCAUGACCGAAAUCGAUAAAGACACCGAGGCGCUUCUUAUUAAACGCGUCUAUGAUCUAGCCGGAACUGUAAAAAAUGUAAAGGUGUUUUUGAAUGGAGAGAGAAUAAAAGUGAAGAAUUUUAAGCAGUAUUGCGAGCUAUACCUUAAAGAGGAUGUAACAGAUGGAGAGACGACGCCGACACUUAUUUACGAAAACGUUAACGAUCGAUGGGAAGUUGGUGUUUGUAUCAGCGAUGGGCAAGCUCAACAGGUCAGCUUUGUCAACAGUAUCUGCACAACGAAGGGCGGAACGCAUGUUAAUUACAUUGCAGAUCAACUUGUUCGCGAGAUUACUGAGACAAUAAAGAAAAAGUUGAAACAACUAAACCCACCAAAACCCGCUCAAAUUAAGAAUCACCUCUGGAUCUUUUUAAAUUGUCUGAUAGAGAAUCCGACCUUCGAUUCCCAAACGAAAGAGACCUUGACUUUACAACGAAGUGCGUUUGGAAGCACUGCUACGUUGAGCAACGAAUUUAGAAAAAAAGUGCUUAAAACAAACAUAAUCGACAGUCUUGUUAAAUUUAUGAAAGUUAAACAAGACCAGCAACUUCGAAAAACAGACGGUCAUAAACUUACUCGCAUUAGCGGAAUUGCAAAACUUGAUGAUGCUAACCACGCUGGUACUCGAAAUGGAUCGAGGUGCACAUUGAUUCUCACGGAAGGAGAUUCAGCAAAGACAUUGGCUGUCAGUGGGUUGUCAGUUGUUGGAAGAGACCAUUUCGGGGUAUUUCCCUUGAGAGGAAAGCUGUUGAACGUGAGAGAAGCCAAUCUGAAGCAAGUAUCCGAGAAUCAAGAAAUAAACAACAUUAAGCAAAUAUUGGGAUUGCAACACCGGAAGGAAUAUAAGAGCACCGAGAGCUUACGAUACGGAAGUCUCAUGAUUAUGACCGAUCAGGACCAUGACGGAUCACACAUUAAAGGGUUGAUAAUAAAUUUCUUGGAACAUUAUUAUCCGUCUCUGUUGAAGUUACCUGGCUUUCUACUCGAGUUCAUAACACCAAUCGUAAAGGCAACUAGGAAUUCACAAGAAAUCAGCUUCUAUACUAUACCAGAAUAUGAAGCAUGGAAAGCGGCCAACAACGAUGGAAAAGGCUGGAAUAUCAAAUACUACAAGGGUUUGGGCACGAGCACUGCCAACGACGCUCGAAAGUAUUUUUCUAUGAUGGACAAGCACCGGAAACCAUUCGCUGUCGCUGAUGAGACCGACACGAAAUUAAUCGACAUGGCGUUUAACAAAAAACGUGCGGAUGAUAGAAAAGAAUGGCUAGCGAAUUUUCAGCCUGGGACGUAUAUGGAUCAUAGUGCGCGCGAGAUACAAAUUAAAGAUUUUAUUAACAAGGAACUUAUAUUAUUCUCCAUGGCCGACAAUAUCCGUUCGAUUCCUAGUGUAGUCGAUGGAUUGAAACCGGGACAGCGUAAGAUUCUAUUCAGCUGUUUCAAGCGUAGUCUUAAAGGUGAAAUGAAAGUUGCCCAACUUACAGGUUACGUUGCCGAACACUCUGCGUAUCAUCACGGAGAACAGAGCUUGGCAUCGACUAUUGUUGGGCUUGCUCAGGAUUAUGUCGGCGCCAACAAUAUUAAUCUUCUCCUUCCCGCGGGAUGCUUUGGUACGCGGCUACAAGGUGGAAAGGAUGCCGCUAGUCCUCGUUAUAUAUUUACUAGCCUGUCAGAUUUAACAAGAAAGAUAUUCAGAAAGGAGGAUGAUGCCUUAUUAACCUAUUUGAAUGAGGACGGACAAUCUAUUGAGCCCGAGUGGUACUUACCUAUAUUGCCUAUGGUUCUUGUCAACGGAGCUGAGGGUAUUGGAACUGGAUGGAGUUGCAAAUUGCCUAAUUAUAAUCCCGAAGACAUUGUAAAUAAUUUAUUGCGCAAAAUGAAGGGAGAGGAAUACGAAAAAAUGCAUCCCUGGUAUAAUGGGUUUAAAGGCGAGAUUAUUGAAGAAUCUGAAGGUUCAUACAAAGUAUCGGGAAUCAUAGAACAAAUUGACAGCACCACUCUCGAGAUUACAGAACUACCCAUCGGUGUAUGGACUCAGAAUUAUAAGGAAAUGCUCGAGGACUUUAUGACAGGAGAAAAAGGGAAAAAGGAACCAUUUAUCAGAGAUUAUAAGGAAUAUCAUACAGAUACGUCUGUUCAUUUCGUUGUGACUUUGACGGAGGAGAAUAUGGAAAAAGUCGUGGCGGAAGGCUUGGAGAGUAAAUUCAAAUUGACAAAAUCGUUCAAGACUACAAAUAUGGUCCUGUUUGAUUCAAAAUUGAAAAUCAAAAAAUACGCUACUGUUAACCAAAUUAUGAACGAGUUCUACCGGCUGCGAUUGGAGUAUUAUGAGAAGCGCAAGGAAUGGCUUGUAUCCGAGCUGAGGAAAGGUUGUGAACAACUUGAGAAUAAAGUACGAUUCGUUACAGAAAUUAUUGAAGGAAAACUAGUAAUACAGAACCGCAAGAGAAACGCUAUAGUCCGUACACUCAAGGAACGUGACUAUAAGAAUGUCAACGCAUCCGAAGAAGACAAUUCGUCUGAAACUGCCAAUGAUGCCGAAGGAUUCGGUUAUUUGUUGAACAUGUCUAUUUGGCAUUUGACAUGGGAGAAAGUCGAACAAUUAAAGAAAGAUCGAGACGCCAAGCAAAACCAGCUUGACAUCUUAAAAAGCAAAUCUCCACAAGAUUUAUGGAAAGAAGACCUGGAAGAAUUCAUGGUUUCCUGGAAAGAGAUGGUCAAGAAGACGGAAGAUUCUUCAAGUGGCAAGGUUAAGAAGCCUACAAAGUCCUCAUCAGGAAAACGUGCUCCUAAGAAGAAACCAGCACCCGCUAAAGAAGUGAUUCUUUUGUCUGAUUCUGAUGAUGAUUUCUGUCCAAGGGCUGUUCCGUCCGAUGAAGAAUAUAUUCCGCGUAAAAAACGUACCACGAAAAAAGCCGUUGUCUCUACUUCAUCCGCCACGUCUGUCGACAAGCGUUCAGAACUUAAGUCUAUUCAGACACGGAAGAGUGGACGGGCAAAGUCAACUCAAUAUUAUUUCGGUGAAAGCGACUAA